UCUCUCUCUCUCUCCCUGUGUCUGUCUCUGUCUCUCUCCUUCUUCUUUUGUCUUCAAUUUAAGAAAUAAAAAAGAAAAAUAAAUAAUUUACCUAUCAUAGUGGACGAGGCAAGAUUCUCAUGGCCAUCGGUCGCUCUCAAGAUAGCAGAAUAGAAUAAUUUUUUUAAGCUUCAUUUUGGUCCGGUAGCUGUUGGUGUGGACUGGCGAAACGGAGAGAGUUUUGUUUUUUCUUUUUUUUUUUUGUUUUUUUUUGCCCCUCCUCGUUUUUAAUGGAGUACGGUGGCUGGGAAACGACGGCGGGGAAGACUAAAACGGCAACGCCUAAUAGCUGGGCACAGCAGACGGAAGAGAGUUACCAGCUGCAGCGGGCGCUAGCUUUGAGGUUGUCUUCUCAAGCAGCUUUAGCUAAUGAUCCUAAUUUCUUGGUUUUCAAAUCCGAUGAUCGUUUAGGAGGAAUCGAUUCUUUCUCUGAUUCUGCUGAAGCCGUUUCUCAUCGAUUUUGGGUAAAUGGAAGUCUCACUUACUUUGACAAAAUCCCAGAUGGGUUUUAUCUAAUCCAUGGGGUGGAUCCUUAUGCUUGGACUUUAAGUACAGAUCAGCAAGAUAUUGGCCUGGUCCCAUCUUUUGAAUCCUUAAAGGCGCUUGAUCCUUGUGCUGAUUUAUCAAUAAAAGUGGUUUCAGUUGACAGAUUCAGGGAUCCUGGUCUGAAAGAGCUGCUCAAUAGUGUUAUUAAUAAUUCCAGUAGCUGGUUAACCACAAAAGACGUGAUCGUUCAGCUUGCCAAUCUUGUCACUAAUCGCAUGGGGGGUGUAACCUCUAAUGGAGAAGAACAUUUUGGCAAAUGCUGGAAUGAAUGCACUGAAGUUCUGAUAAAUCGUUUACGAUCUGUUGUGCUUCCAAUUGGAACCUUACGUGUUGGCCUUUGUGUCCAUCGUGCCUUACUUUUUAAAGUGUUAGCGGACUCAAUUAACUUGCCAUGCAGAAUUGCUAAAGGCUGCAAACAUUGUAGAAGAGAUGUUUCUGCUUCUUGUCUUGUACUGGUCGGUAAUGAGAGGGAAUAUUUGGUUGAUUUGUUUGGGAAGCCAGGAACGUUAAGCCAGCCUGAUUGCUCACUUAAUUGUACUUCUUCAAUCUUAGUUUCCUCACCUCUAUCUCAUCCAAGUUUUAGACCUAUCCAAACAGCUGAGGAUUUCAGGACAUUUGCCAAACUAUUUUUUGACAGUCAGUCACUUAAUCUUGCAUUUGAUGACACUAACUCAGUUACAAGUACUGAUCAUGAUGAGAAAAGUAGUCAAACACUCCUUAAAGAUAGCAAGAACCUUGUACCGACUUCAAGCAACAACCUUGGCGCUUUGCCCCCACUGCUCAAAAGAGUUGCCACAAACAUUACCCACGGCAAGGAUCUUGGUGUUUUUAACUCAUCUAGUGAAUCAGAUAAAGCAAAACGUCCAAUUCCACCAGUGUCUGUUUUCUUCAAUCCAAAAUCUGAUGUAUCUAAUUAUCAGUUGUUCUUGGAAGCAAAUCAGUCAUUUGCAAGUAAAUCAAGUAGUGAACUUCACCUUGACGAGGAUGAUUUGGACAUCCCCUGGAGUGAACUUGAUUUGAAGGAGAAAAUUGGAGAAGGUUCAUUUGGAACUGUCUAUCGUGCUGAUUGGCAUGGUUCAGAUGUUGCUGUCAAAAUUCUGAUGGAGCAAGAUUACCAUGCAGAGCGCUUCAAUGAAUUUUUGCGUGAGGUUAAAAUCAUGAAGCGUUUGCGGCAUCCAAACAUUGUUCUCUUUAUGGGUGCUGUUACUCAGCCUCCUAGUUUGUCCAUAGUCACAGAGUACUUAUCAAGGGGUAGCUUGCAUAAACUUUUGCAUAUGCCUGAUGUUGGAUUAAUACUGGACGAGAAACGUCGCUUAAAUAUGGCAUAUGAUGUGGCAAAGGGUAUGAAUUAUCUUCAUCAGCUUAGACCUCCUAUUGUUCAUCGAGAUUUAAAGUCUCUAAACCUCUUAGUGGACAGUACAUACACAGUAAAGGUUUGUGAUUUUGGUCUUUCCCGUUCAAAAGCAAACACAUAUCUUUCGUCAAGAACUGCAGCCGGAACUCCUGAGUGGAUGGCACCAGAAGUUCUCCGUAAUGAUCCAUCAAAUGAGAAAGCAGAUGUUUACAGCUUUGGUGUAAUCUUGUGGGAAAUUAUGACCCUUCAAAGGCCUUGGAGAAAUUUAAAUCAAGCACAGGUUGUAGCAGCUGUCGGUUUCAAGGGUGAGAAACUUGAAGUUCCAACUUAUGUAAAUCCUUCAGUGGCUGCCCUAAUUGAUAUCUGCUUGACUAGCGAGCCCUCAAAGCGUCCAUCGUUCUCGUAUAUCAUGGAAACUUUACAAAAAUUGAUAAACAACUCUAUUUCUCAAUCACCUAAUGUACAUGUUCGGUGACAAAUCUGUGGAGUGCAACCCCAGUAAAUUAUUUAUUCUUAGACAUGAUCAUCUGGUUUAUCUUUCAGGUGCGCCUGUCUUUGUAUAAAUAGAUGUGAAAUUGAAUCAUUUUUGCCGGCAUCUAUGGCUUUCAUGUCUGGCAAUUUGCUGCCAGAGCCUCGUGUAUCUGAUAUCUCAAUAUGCAUUUAUGUCUAUGUCUCAAGUGUUAAUCAUGGAUAUGCAGAAUCUACACACAUCAUGAGCUACUACUUGAUUUCUUUUGCAAUUUCUACAGUUUACACUUGAUAUUCUCCUCAAAACAGUGCAGAAUGUCAUAAUUCCAUCUGUAUUAGCUCAUCCUGUUAACAAAUCUGGACUUCUGAGCACUUUGUUGCUUGAAUCCCAGUGGGUUUAUGAAUCAACAGCACAUCACCUAAUGUGCUAUGAGUGUGCAUUUCAAUUGCAUUAAUUUUAA